CGGGCUGCGGGAGCUUCGGAUCUUUCCGCUCCGUGAGGAGGGGCGGGCUCGCCCCGGCACCGGGCGCUGCGUGCCCGGCCGGCCCCAGUUCCCGGCAGAGUUCGGAAGGCGCUGCGGCGAUGGUUCCACAGCCCUGAGCGACGCCCCGGCCCCGCCGCAGCCGCGCGGUUGAGGCAUGGCCGCGUUGCCUCUGCGGCAGCCCCGGCAGGGUUUAUGACAUCACAUUGUCAGCUCUCGGCUCUUUGUGCAGCAGCAUCACCAACGCACUGACUUACUGCCCGGGGCCCCGGGACUGCCGGGCUUCCACACAACAGAUCUCCCCUUUUAACUUUUUUUUUUUUUUUUUUAAUAUAAGUUUUCCACUAACGUACACAAUUCCAGCUCAGGCAAGAUGUAGAAUUGCAUCCUUUCUAAAAAGCAGCUUCCUUUCUCUCCUUUAUACCCCAGACCCAGCAAUAAGUAAACAUGAAUGAGGUGGUGGACACCCUGAGAAAGAUCGAGGAGAAAUACAAGCUCUUCCAGCAGCAGCAGUUCACGUUUAUCAGAGCUCUGGAGCGCAGCCGGGAGGAAGCCCACGAUUUAAUCAGACCCGUGUCAUCCAUUGUCCAGGUGCAGUGCUACAAGGACCACCACUGCUACAACUCCACGGACAGGCGCAUCCUCAACAUGUUCAUCUCCAUCUGCAACGACCUCCGCUGCCUGUGCCACAGGAUGGAAACGGUGCAUCCUGGGGACAGCGUCACCAACGGCCUCUUGGAGAAGUGCAAAGUGCUCCUUAACGACAGCAACGACCUCAGUGCCCUUCGAGCCACCUACCCCCACGGUGUUGUGAACUACCUGAGCUUGGAAGAAGCAAGGCAUCGCUAUGGAGGGGUGGUGAGCGUCCUCCCCAUCGUUAUAGACAGCAUGAGGGAAUGGAUCACCCACUCCAAGAGGCACGUGCUGUAUAUUGUGAGUCGUCAGUGUGCCACAUGCAAGAAGGAGAUACCCCCUUCCCAAACAGCACCUGCAGCUCAGACCUCCAACAGUAACAAAAAUACUGUACAAUUGCAGGAAAAAGAUUUCCAGAAAUUCCUGGCUGCAAAUCAACGUCCACAACAAAAAGCUCCCUGGAGGCCACCAGGCAAACACCCCUAUUAAAGGAUCAAAGCUCCAGCAUCAUCUGCUCACCACCUUUAAGCACCUGCUGAUUAAACACAGUGCAAUGAACACUA